AUGCACUGCUCCAGCACGGCCGCGGACAGCAAGUGCGAGUAUGCCAACGACGGUCGAGCGGAAACCCACUCGGCCAGCGAGUCCCGCUCUGCUGGUCAUGGGAACGAUGUACACACCCUGGACCUGCAUCACGUGCGCAACGUGAACGGCAUUUCCAUGCGCCCUCUCCUGGGGGAGAACGACCGUGGCCAGGUCGCCAGGCACCUGGUUGAUGUCUGUAAAGCUCAUAAAGUCAAUCAAACUUGA